UUGUUACUUAUUAGAAAUCUUCUGAUAUUUGUGUUAGAAGGGGUGAGAUAUUAAUCUGAGUCAUUCCACUUGCUCCAGCUGCUCUAUCUUAUCUGUCAUUUUAUCGCCAGUUGCAUGCCUUUGCUGUUGGAUAAUAUUUAAUUCACGGGCCAACUGCUUUCCACUUUGGCUAUAGUUGGUUAAGUCUCACUAUGGACUGCAUCUUGAAACUUCUUGUUCUUGCUGUUUUAAGUGUCACUGGGCAAGGCAAGCUGUUGAGAGGUAGCUUUUGGCAUAUUACAGACCUCCACUGGGAUCCUACGUACAGAUUAGCAGCUGGAAACUCCGGCUCAGUGUGUAAUUCAAGUGGGAGUCGUCCAACCCCACAAGCGGGUAAAUUUGGAGACUAUCUUUGUGAUUCGCCAUGGGACCUGAUCAGUUCCUCGGUGCAUGCCAUGAAAGACAUCCUGCCUGAUCCAGACUUCAUUAUUUGGACCGGAGAUGAUACACCUCAUGUUCCUAAUGAAGAUCUGGGAGAAGAGGCAGUCCUGAGAAUCAUUGGCAAUCUUACCCACAUUAUAAAGACAUUGUUUCCUCAAACAAAGGUCUACUCAGCUCUGGGCAAUCAUGAUUACCAUCCAAAGAGUCAGUUGCCACCCACACAAAACAACAUUUAUGAGCAAACACAAAAGCUAUGGGAAGACUGGCUAGAUCCAGCAUCGAGGGAUACUUUUAAAAAAGGAGGAUAUUAUACAGAAAAGCUGCUAAAUCAAACCGGCUUCAGAGUUCUGGUGCUAAAUACUAAUCUAUAUUAUGACCAGAACAAAAUCACAGAAAACAUGGAAGAUCCAGCAGACCAGUUUAAAUGGGCAGGCCAAGUGCUCGCUGAAGCUGCCAAAAACAAGGAAAAGGUGUACAUUGUCGGUCACAUUCCACCUGGAUUUUUUGAGAAGAAACGACAUAAGCCAUGGUUCAGGCCUCAGUUCAAUAAACAUUAUAUAGAGCUUAUUCAGAAAUAUCAUGACAUUAUAAUCGGCCAGUUCUUUGGUCAUCACCAUACUGACAGCUUUCGGAUGUUCUACAGUACAUCAGGAUCUCCAAUCAAUGCAAUGUUCCUGAGUCCAGGAGUUACACCUUGGAAAACAACGCUACCCGGAGUGGAAGAUGGGGCAAAUAAUCCUGCCAUUCGGGUGUUUGAGUAUAACAACAAAACACUUUUGGUUGAGGACAUAGUGACCUACUAUCUGAACUUGACAUAUGCAAACCUUGCACAUGCCCGCUGGGAGAAGGAGUAUCGUCUGACUGAAGCGUUCAGAGUGCCGGAUGCCUCCCCUGCCUCCAUGCACCGUGUGUUGGAACGGAUAGCACAUGAGAACUGCUACCUGCAGAAGUAUUAUGAUUUCAACUCAGUAAGCUAUGACCUGUCAGUAUGCAACGCAGAUUGCCGUAUUGACCACGUGUGUGCCAUAAGAGAGGUGGGCUUUGAGGCUUAUGAGCGCUGUGUGGAGAAGGAGGGGGCUUCUUCUGCUAUGCCAGCACUUCUGACCAUUGUUUUUGCACUUGCUAUAAGCCUGUGGGCCAGCUACUAAUCAUUUAAGAACCUUUCUCGAUAUAAGCACUUUUUUGCCUUUGUAAGUGUUCUCUUAUUUUAUCUAGUGGAAGAGGUAAAGACGAACUAGGGUAAUGUUUUUUUUGGUUGUUUAUUAUUAAUUUAAACAAUUUCCUUCUCUUAUUUAUCCCUGCACACUAUGUACUACACAUCUAUCACAUGGGAAUCAAGACUUAAAUAUAUGCUUUUAUAAUUGUAUAUAAAUCUGUAUGCUCUGCAUUGUGUUAUACUACUAUUAAAACUGCUCAUACUGUUGCUUUAGGUUUCAUGACAACAAGAUAUUUCUUAACUACAUGGUAUAUCUUAUAAUAAAAAUAAUUAAAUAUUGCC